UCUCAUUUCUUCUUCGUUGACAGAAAUUAGGGUUCAUUUGAAUUAUCCUUCUAUCCCUCUCUGCUCUGAAGAUCUGAUUGAAAUCAGGCUCCGACCUCUAGUGGGUCUCCUCGGAUCCGAAUACUAAGUGAGGUUUUAAGAUGGAUAGGCCUCGACAAACUGAUCAUUUGGGUGUGAAUAAGACUGGGAAGAACAUCAGAAAGAGUCCCAUCCACCAACCCAACUUCGCUGCAAAUGCUAAUGCCACGGUCCAUGCCCCUGCAAGGCCUCAAGCGCAGCCUCAGGUUUACAGCGUUAGCAAGAACGACUUUAGAAGCGUUGUUCAGCAGCUUACUGGCUCUCCUUCGCGUGAAAGCGUUCCUCGCCCUCCUCCUCAGAACAAUAACUCACCGAGGCCUCAGAAUACUAGGUUGCAAAGGGUUAGACCGGCACCUUUAACGGAGAUCAACCGUCCUUCGCUUCCUCUCCCUAACAUGCCUUUACAGCAUCGUCCUCACAGCUUCGUCCAACCGCCUGUCCCACAAGGCACACAACAACCAGUGAUGGGUCAUGGGGACCAGUCUUGGUCUAAUACAGCUGAGUCUCCCAUCUCAGGGUAUAUGCGUUAUCUUCAAAGUUCACUUGGAGAUCCAGGUCCCAGUGGUAACCAUAUUCAGCCAGGUCAUGAACAAAGACCAUAUAUACCAGCUCAGUCUCAGCCUCCGCCUUCGCCUCAAACUCAGCCACAGCCACUACAGUCUAGUCAAUAUCAACCACCACCAGGGUUAGUUCCUAGCCCCGUGCCGCGGAAUCUUCCUUUCCCUCAGUUCAAUGGUCCUGUACCUGGCACGCCCACUCUUCCCUCUCCAAGGUUCAAUCAGAUGUACGGUGGCUUUCCUUCACCUCGGUAUGACGGUGGUUUUCCUUCUCCUUGGUAUAACAGUUUUGGACCAUUACCCUCUCCUACGGGUUACCCGAACAUGUUCUCUCCUAGAUCACCUUACCCACUGCUAUCACCGGGAGUUCAGUAUCCACAACCACUUAACCCGAACUUCUCGUUUUCACAGCUAGCUCAACCAGGAAGUCACGGACCCGGUGCAGGUGCAGGUGCAGGUCCUUCUCAGCCACCUCCAUCUCCAGGGCUCAUGUUCCCGCCGUCUCCAUCAGGGUUCUUCCCAAUCCCAAGUCCAAGAUGGGGUGGUGGUUACUAGGUGCUCUCUCUCUUCAGGCUCUUGUCCGGUUGAUUGAGUUACGUAAAUCACUUCAUGUUUUUCUCAUCUCUCCCUAGGUUAGUGGUCUGUACUAUGAAAGGAGCUUAAUCUUCAGAGGCUACAGUAGAAUAGACACAGCAGCUGCAUAGAUGUGUAGAUCGCUAAAAGGUGAUCUUGUAGAGAUUUUGUUCUUUUUAUAGGUAAAUGCUUUACUUGAGAACCUUGGGAUGAUGAUGGUUACUUCUUUUAUUUUGUACACACUCUUGGACAAAAGUCAGUUUAUAUGAUUUUGGGAAUUUUUAAAGCAAGUUA